UGGGAAUUAGAAUACCCGGCAACAUCUGGCAACUGACAUUUAUCUAGUAUUUUACGUUGGAUUUCCUGUGUAUCUUCAGCGGUCCGCAACUUGACGUGAUACGAGACAGACACACACGCACACUCGCCAACCCGCCGCCAUCCUGAUCAGACGUUAAGAUAUUCUAAAUAAAUCUGCUCCACUAAUCAUCACAAAAGAUGAUUGGGAAAUCUGCUCUGCUUCUGCUGGUGGUCCUCGAUGUUGCCUUUGGCUUCGUCCCACUGUACGCCGUCUCAAGAGACGAUAACUCAAGCGAAGAAACUGUCGCCCCUGGUCUGCCAAACGCCAGACCACUGCCCUCAGGAGGGACUCCUGUAGUAGACGGUGGCGAAGGAGUCCUACCUUCCGGGGGCUCGCCUUCGGGGGCCGUUGGUUCACCUGCAGGGGGCAGCGACCAAAUCGGCGUGCUGCCCGGCGUCGGCGGGGUAGUAGGGACUGGAGGGGGCAGUGUGCCCUUGGGUCCUUGUGACGACGUGUGCACGAAGAUCCUGGAGCCCCUGUGUGGCAGCGACGGCCUGAGCUACAAUAACAAGUGUAUCCUCAAGAAUGCCUCCUGCAGGAGUGAGUUGAACGGGGGCCAGCCCAUUACUAUCUUGCAUAUGGGCUUCUGCGAAGUUCGAGGAUAAGAAUACAUCACCAACUGGAGACAUGGAUCACAGAUUGUUGAUAAGUUUUUCUAAUUUAAAUUAAUAUUUGUAUUGAUGUUUUGAUUGCAUUUGUACUAAGCAUAUAUAUAUAUAUAUAUAUAUAUAUAUACUAUAUAUAUAUAUAUAUAUAUAUAUAUAUAUAUAUAUAUAUAUGUUUUGUGUUUUGUCACCAGAUGGUAUACCGGAUCACUGCUGUAGAAUAAUUGGUCAUGAUUCCCUAUAAAUUGUUUGGGUAUAACCUACACUUAUGAAAUCUUAAAGCAAAUAUUUCAAAUGAGUUUUUACACUUUUUAUGCCUUUAACAGAUCGUAAGGCAACACUUCACGCAUAUUCAUUUUGCAAGCAUAGGCUGCAUACAAUUGUUUGUAUUUAUUGUAGAAUAUAUUAUUCAUUCAUCUUAGAUUACAGUGCUUCAGGUCAUACAUUUUAUGAAUCUCAUUGAAAAGCUUAUUUAUUAUUUUUGGAGAAUUCAGUGUUACUGCUAACAAUAUAGGCUGGACACUAUAAAAUGUUUACAGCAGUAAAUGUAAUGUGUUUUGAUAAUUAGUAACUUUUGUAUUAUGACCUUGUUAAAAAUAUAUAAACCUUUAAUUCA